AUGACAGCUCGUCUUGCAUUCCACCCAUGGACCGAGUCCACAGCAUCGCCUAGGUCAUACUAUCGCACAUUGGCCACUCAAGAGUUCAUGUUGUCAAUCCUCAAUGACUAUGCAUUCGUCCAUAGCUGCCCAUAUCUCGGAGUCACCGUCUCGCUUCAGGAUUCGGAAAAAUCGUCCGCUAGUUUCAGCGCGGAAGAUCUUCAGUCACGGAUUGCGCGGGCGUUCAUCUAUACACGAUGGCUUCAUCCUACGGUGGCUUGUCAGAUCAAGGAUGCCAAGCAUAUGGUUUACAAAGUUGAAGAAGCUGCCAAUGUCAAGAAAUGGGCCGCUCGUACUGUCCAAACUGUUGAGUCUUCUAGCGGCUGGAGGGAACUGCUCGCAAAAUUAAGUCGCGAGGUCGUCCUACCCUCUAAGGACGGGGAUUGCGCGUUCCUUUACCUGCUUGUAAGGCCACUGCAGUCUAGCAAGUCCCGGAUCAACCAAUUCGAUCUGCUUCUGCACGUGCACCACGGUCUGGUAGACGGUGCUGGGAUAAGGUCGAUAAUGAAUGAAGUGUUGGUUGGAUUGACGAAACUGAGUCCUACGACAUCUCAUUCCUGGGGCGAAGAAGUUGAGAGGCUCGGCCCAACAGCCCUAGAUGUGGCUGUCAUCUCGGAUGAGGCCACCAAUUCAUUGAUAGCGAUGCAAAAUGAGUUUCCUCUACCUCUUUUCGCGAAGCCCGUGGCCCAAAGCCCAAGACCAGUGACGGCCAUGGUCACUCAUACAAUCAAGGAUGCAGGCUUUCUCGAUCGUCUACUCAAAUCCGCUAGAGCAAACGACGUUAAGUUGACAGCCGUUGUCCAAGCCGCGAUAGCCCUUACAUUCUACGAUGAGGCAAAACCUACCGAAGAAGAGACGUGUAAAAUUCUCUCCGCGUUUGACCUCCGAACACAGGGAACCGAAGCAUCUGCUAACGAUCGCUUCUGGGCCGUUGCUCGACACAUUCAGGGAGCAUGGACUAGCGUCGCGCAGCGUCAGGAUGCUGCAGCUGCCAAUAAACUGCGAAGGCCAGCUACGGGGAUCAUCAUUCAGCAUGUAUUAGCCGAUAUAAACAGGACAUCAUCCAACAUGAGACUGUAUGUGAACUACGUUUCCGACCCGCCUGGAAGCAAGCAGUUCGAUGGCGUCUAUGAUAUGGAGGGCGAUGGACAAACGAAACUCGUGCUUGAUCGCUACCAACUUGUCACCGAAGAGAGAACACCCAAAUUGUCUUGUCGCUCGCAUUCUU